AUGCCAUUAGAUUUCAACGCCGGGAUUGGCCUUGUUCAGAUGAUGGGCAUGACCAACUAUUUGGCUCUCGUCGGUGGUGGCAGGUCUCCCAAAUUUGCCAUGAACAAGGUCAGUCAAGGUGAAGCACGCUUGAAAAUAUGCCUGCUGACACCUGAACCGCAGGCUAUUAUAUGGGAUGACAUGAAAGGAAGAGUAGCACUCGAAAUUUCAGCCCUCAGCUCCGUCCGUGGAGUCCAGCUAGGUCGUGAGCGCAUUGUGGUCGUUCUACAAAACAGCAUUCGCGUCUACUCGUUUUCCAAACCCCCGAACCUACUUCAUGUCUAUGAAACAGCGGAUAACAUUCUCGGCCUCUGUUCCUUGUCCAGCAAGACACUCGCCUUUCCAGGACGGACUCCUGGCCAGAUUCAACUUAUCGAGCUUGCUACAGGCAACGUUAGCAUCAUUCCGGCUCACUCAUCAGCCCUCAAGGCCAUCCAGUUAAGUCCCAACGGAGAGCUGUUGGCUACUGCAAGUGAGACGGGAACUCUUAUCCGUGUCUACUCCACAGCAAAUUGCGCCAAGGUCGCAGAGCUUCGAAGGGGGAUUGACCCCGCAACCAUAUUCUCCUUGGCUUUCUCGCCAUCCGGAGCCAUGCUUGCCUGCACAUCGGACAAAUCAACUCUGCACAUAUUUGAUAUCCCGAAUACAAAGAGGCAAUCAAUACAGAGAAGCCAGCAGCUCGGUUCAUCCGACGCCGAGCCUGGAAAAUGGGGCAUCCUGGGCAAGUUGCCGCUCAUGCCCCGCGUAUUUUCAGACGUAUACUCAUUCGCUUCUGCGCCGUUUGAAGCUGGUGACGAAACUAUGAUCGGGGGCAUCCCCUUCUCCGAAGGAACGGUCCUGGGAACGAUGCGUCCCGCGAAGGGCAUCAUUGGCUGGAUUAGCGAAGAUAGUCUUGCGGUUGUGGGUGCCGGCAAGGAUGCUCGAUGGGAGAAAUUCGUCUUGGUAGAUGGCGAGAGUGGGAAACGGUUGUGCGUGAGAGAGGGUUGGAAACGAUAUUUGGGAAAUACGUGA